AUGAACGAUCUUCCCUCGGACAACCUCACUCAAUACGACACUUUUGAAAACCAAACUGAUUUUGACGAAGCCGCGACACAAUUCGUCAACAACCUGUAUCUUUAUUACACUCCCAUUCUUACUAUUCUCGGUUCCAUUGGCAACUUGCUUUCCGUGUACGUUUUCUUCAUCAGCAAACUGAGACUUCAAUCCACCAGCCAGUAUCUUUCCGCUUUGGCAGUUUCCGACACCGUAUUUCUUUUGCAACUUUUGGCGCCUUGGCUGAGCGCGAUGCAGGUGACUUCGAUAUUCUUCACUGGCGGGUUUUGUCAGGUAUUCGUCUACUUGUCCUAUGUGACAUGUUGUCUGAGUGCCUGGUUGGUAAUGGCAUUCACAAUCGAGCGUUUCAUAGCUGUACUCUACCCUUUGCAUCGAAAUGCGUGGUGUACUGUCCGUCGGGCCCGCAUCGUCAUUGUCGUCUUGACAGCCGCAGCCGCAAUGGUCAACUUGCCCGUGCUUCGAUUCGCCAUCCCUUCUCGAAACGACUGUAACAUCGACAAGCGGUACUUGGUGUACGCGGCGAGAUUUAACCUGGUGGACACCAUGAUAUCCUUCACUGUCCCCUUGGGCAUGAUCGUGCUGAUGAACGUAUUGAUUGUCGUGGGAGUGUACCGCAUAGAGAAGAUUAGGCAACAAAUGAUGAGGGCCCAAUUGGCAGGUCCGCAGCGCAUGAGACCCACUCAAGUGCUGGGUGGUCCUCGUUCGCAGCAGCACGUUACCCGCAUGUUGCUUGUCGUCUCUUCAGUCUUCGUCUUCUUCAAUUUGCCCGCCUACACUUUUCGAAUGAUCGCGUACGCCUACAAUCUGGAGGGUUCGGCGCAUUUAGUAGGACGAUGGUCGGCGUUGCAGCAACUGGCUCUCAUGUUCUUCCACAGCAAUUUCGGUAUCAAUUUCAUGCUCUACUGCCUAACGGGGCAGAACUUUCGAAGAGCAGUGAGGCAGAGCAUCCCUUGCCUUCGUCAAAAACCCCGACGACAGGACGCCGUAAGGAGGGCCACUCGGCCCGCCCGUACCAGCAGCAUCUCAAGUCUGUCUGCGGCUUCAUAUGUAAGCACAUGUACGGAGGCCAUUACCAACUUUCCCAGUACGAGCACACCGAGUUCCCGAAGUCAGCGUACCGAAGCAUACAUCCGCAAGUGGAAGUUUGACAACAGCCGAACCCAACGCCACAGUCCUAACUAUUCACAGAACCCACAAUCGAUCAAGCAAAGGGAUAAUAUAGAAAUGCACAACAUCAAGGCGAUUGCGACCGAUAUGUAA